AUGUUGGCCAUCCAUUCGGGUUUUUUCGCGAUCAAAAUCAUGUUGCUCUGGCGAGGGGUUACGUCCCAGUUCCUUGAGUCGGACUGCGGCUACCCUGGCAUCACACCCAAAAUAAUGAAUGGUCAGAAUGCUGAAGUCAGAAACAAUCCUUGGAUGGCAUAUAUAUUCAAAUAUAAUAAUGAGGGAGUAGCUGAGCUCGUAUGCGGGGGAACUCUCAUUCACAAAGAGUUCGUUUUGACUGCAGCCCAUUGCAUCGCAAGAGACCACAUACUUGCCGUGCGUCUGGGAGAACAUAGUACAUCAAGGUAUUAUGCAGUGACCAAGGCCUUUCGGAACAAGAACUUUACAAUUACAGAUUAUAGCCACGAUAUAGGGAUACUUCGAAUACAACCAGAGGUGCAGUUUAAUGCUUUCAUCAGACCCGUGUGCAUCAUCACGGAUCCCACAAAAGUGCCCAAUGUCAAAACCUUCCGGGCUGCCGGUUGGGGAAGAACGGAAAACGAGACAUUUUCGAGAGCGCUGAAAACCGUAGAGUUGAACGAACUCAAUGCAUCCGAGUGCUACAACAUAUUUGGGAUGAACCUAACCGAGAGCCAAAUCUGCGCAGGACAUCCGAACGGGGACACCUGUGUGGGCGACUCUGGAGGUCCGUUGAUUCAUCCGGUGUAUAUGGAUGGGUCUCUGCGGUACGUGCAACUUGGAAUCACAAGUUUUGGAAGGUCGGAUUGCCGCAGUGGAGGAGUUUAUACCCGGCUAUCAUGCUUUAUUGACUGGAUUCUUAUGGUGGUAAACACCUACACGGUACGCAGUCCUCCGAUGAUACAGUUUCGACGAGGAUCUUUCGGUAAAUAA